AUGGGUUCUAUUGCGCCAACAACGAUGGGCUCACGCCCGAUCCUGGGUCUUAUCGCGUCUGAGAUGAACAUCCACCGGGCACCAGGAGACAUUGGUAACCGAAGGACGUUCGACUUUCCGGUAAUUCAGACGGAGAUCAAAGGUGCACUUCUUGUGUCUAUGGUGACCGACGAAGAGCAUGACGAUGAGAUGGUCGAUGCAUUCGUGGAGGCGGGCAAUCGUCUCAUUGAACAAGGAGCAAUAGGCUUGGUCACGAGCUGUGGGUUCUGGGCCAUAUCACAGAAGAAGCUUUCGCAACGGCUCUCUGUACCAGUCGCCACAUCCUCGCUGCUACAAGUCCCCAUGAUACGCACUAUCAUUCGGCCGGACCAAGGUAUCGGCAUCCUGACUUUCGACAGCGAGCGGCUGAAUUUCAACCACUUGAAGGCUGUCGGUCUGCACGAUUUCGAAAACAUAUACAUCAGUGGACCACCGAAGGAGGGCAGGAUGAAGCAUACCCUUCGCGAUGGCAUUCCCUACGAUCUGGAAGCGCUUACAGAAGAAGUGGUCCAGACUGCAAAGGAGCUGAUCGCAAAGCAACCACACAUCGGUGCCAUUCUACUAGAGUGCACACAGUUCCCUCCGUUCGCGAACGCGGUGCAGAAAGCUACAGGCCUGCCAGUGUGGGAUGUCACCACUUUGGCCAAUUGGUUCUACGCUGGGCUGGUCAGUAAGCCUCAACCGGUCAUGACCAAAGAAGAGGUCCUAGAUGCCAGCCUGGAGAGACCACGCAGCGACCGUGAGAAGAUGGAGAAGCAAAUACGGCAGUAA